AUGCUCGUUGACGACAAGACGUCCAUCCAAGUAAAUUUCCGAGGAAAAAAAACUAAGGAAGGCCUGUGCGGUUCACAGGUAUACGAGUUUAUAAAGGGUAGGCCCUUGCUUACAUGUAACUCUGCAUGGCAAACAGACGUUUAUGUCGCCUGGAACAAGGGAGGAAGGGUCGAUGCAUAUGAACUCGAGGCCGCCUUCACAAGGCGGUUGAAGAGAUCCCUCGACGCGCUUCGAAAAAGGCGAUCUCGGCCGGAUUCUCUUAUUGAUGACUCUGAUGGUAAGUGAAACUGAAGUAUUAUUACACAUACUUGGUUUAGAACCCUCAACAGAACCCUCCUCGUCCCGGCCGCGAGAGGAAUAG